AUGAUCUUAAAAGGCAACAAAGUGCAAUCUCCGAGCAACAGUCCUGAUGUGCUAGAAGCCAACGAACGAGGUCUCGCAUCAGAAAACAUACCGCAAACACAAGAGCUUACGGCGACCCCACUGGCUUACAGCAAAAACCUUACGUUCGAGGAUUAUACAGUCGGUUGGAUUUCUGCGUUUCCGAUAGACAGUGCUGCGGCCAAGGAGAUGCUAGACGAAGUGCACCCAGCUCCUCCCAAAGCGAUAGCCGAAGACCCAAACAUAUAUGUUUUUGGGAAAAUCCACGGUCAUAACGUCGCACUUGCCUGCCUUCCUGCUGGAAAGAAUGAUACCAGUUCCGCCGCCAUGGUUGCAUCUCACAUGAUGAGAACAUUCCCCAACCUUCGUUUCGGCUUGAUGGUUGGCAUUGCAAGUGGGCUGCCAAGUGAGAACAACGAUGCCGACGAUAUUCGGCUUGGAGACGUCGUAGUGAGCAAGCCACAGGGAAUAUACGGUAAGGCCGACUUGAGUCUACCCAGUCGUGCUUGGCUAAUGACUAAAGGCGGUGUGAUACAAGUCGACCUCGGAAAAGACACCCCUCGGGGCUUCGAGCGUACUGGCAUGCUCAACAGACCGCCCCCGGUGCUUUUAACCGCCGUCUCGGCGAUGGAAUCCGAGCUCGUCUUCAACAAAUCCGGCGACCUUCCGCAGCCCCUUGAAGACUAUCGGCGGCGGGGAGCCAACCAAGCUGAAGCACUCAAGUGCGAUGCCUCACACGACAAGCUCUAUCAGCCCGGUUAUGAUCAUCCCCAAGGCAAGAAAACCUGCGAAAGCUGUGAUCAGGCAAAAGUAGUGCCCAGAGAGGAACGUUCUCAGAAUGGACCGGUCGUCCAUUAUGGACUCAUCGCUUCUGGAAAUCACGCACCCUAUAAAGAUCGUCUAAGAAAAGAGCUUGGGGUUUUUUGUUUUGAAAGAGAAGCUGCUGGGCUCAUGAACCAUUUUCCUUGCAUUGUGAUUCGAGGGAUCAGCGAUUACUUCGAUUCACAUGUAGACGAACGCUGGCAAUUGUACGCUGCGACGGUGGCAGCUGUCUACACGAAGGGAUUCUUGAGCAAGAUACCGCCGACCGGAGUGAAUGUUCCCGGUCUUGAGAGGGGGGAUCUUGAAAGGGCUUAG